GGGGAAAAAGUGCUGGGCGCCGAAGGCGAGGUCCGCACUCCUCGUCCCCGCGACUGGCGCAGGACCUCACUCCAGCUGAGCGCCCACGGGGAUCGGGUCGCGGGGUGGCAGCGGCGAGGAGGCCAAGGGACUAGGAGGAGGACAGGGCGCGCGAGAGCAGUCAGCGAGGGGGUCCCGGCCGUCCCGGGCCAAAGUCGAUCCCCGCGCCGUGGGCGAGCGCGCCCGCCGCCCCUUCCAGGACAGACACCGCCGCGGGGAAGAUAGGGCGGGCGCCGAGCUUCCUAUGACUCCCUGAAGUUGUCGCGCUCCUCUCUGUGUCCACCACCCGGGCCGUGUCCCUGGUCCCGUGCAUCGCGUGCGCCUCCCCGCUCCCCGGCCCGCUCACCCCGCUGGUAUGGACGUACACACCCGCUGGAAAGCUGCGCGCCCGGGCGCCCCGCUUCUGUCCCCGCCUCUGCUCCUGCUCCUGCUGCUGCUGUGGGCGCCGCCUCCGAGCCGCGCAGCUCAGCCAACAGAUCUUCUGGAGAUGCUAGAUUUUCACAAUUUGCCCUCAGGGGUAACGAAAACCACAGGUUUCUGUGCCACUCGCCGAUCUUCCAAAGGGCCGGAUGUCGCCUACCGAGUCUCUAAAGAUGCACAACUCAGCAUGCCCACCAAGCAGCUGUACCCUGAGUCUGAUUUUCCGGAGGACUUCUCCAUCCUGACAACCGUGAAAGCCAAGAAAGGCAGCCAGGCCUUCCUGGUCUCUAUUUACAAUGAGCAGGGCAUCCAGCAGGUGGGGCUGGAGCUGGGCCGCUCUCCCGUCUUCCUCUAUGAGGAUCACACCGGAAAGCCCGGGCCUGAGGAAUAUCCUCUCUUCCCUGGCAUCAACUUGUCAGAUGGCAAGUGGCACCGAAUUGCUAUCAGUGUCCACAGGAAAAACGUCACCUUGAUCCUUGACUGUAAAAAGAAGAUUGUGAAGUUCCUCAACCGCAGCGACCACCCCAUAAUAGAUGUCAAUGGCAUCAUCAUGUUUGGCUCUCGGAUCCUGGAUGAUGAAAUAUUUGAGGGUGACAUCCAACAGCUGCUCUUCGUCUCUGACCACCGAGCUGCCUAUGAUUACUGUGAGCACUACAGCCCCGACUGUGACACCGCGGUCCCUGACACACCUCAGUCACAGGACCCUAACCCGGAUGAAUAUUACCCAGAAGGAGACGGUGAGACCUAUUACUAUGAGUACCCAUAUUAUGAAGACCCUGAAGACCCAGGGAAGGAGCCUGCCCCUACACAGAAGCCAGUGGAAGCUGCCAGAGAAACCACGGAGGUUCCUGAGGAACAGACCCAGCCCCCACCAGAAGCCCCCACGGUGCCCGAGACCAGCGACAUUGCGGGCAAGGAGGAUGAUCCAGGAAUCGGGGACUAUGAUUAUGUGCCCACUGACGACUACUACACUGUCUCCCCUUAUGAAGACCUUAGCUAUGGCGAGGGGGUAGAGAACCCUGACCAGCCCACCAACCCUGACCCAGGGGCCGAGAUCCCCACCAGCACCACUGUUACCUCUAACACCUCCAAUCCAGCUCCACCCCCAGGGGAAGGGAAGGAUGACCUGGGCGGUGAGUUCACUGAGGAAACUAUCAAGAAUAUAGAGGACAACUACUAUGACCCCUACUUCGACCCUGACUCCGACUCCAACGUCUCGCCCUCAGAGAUAGGGCCAGGCAUGCCGGCUAACCAGGACACCAUCUAUGAGGGGAUCGGAGGACCUCGGGGUGAGAAAGGACAAAAGGGAGAGCCAGCCAUCAUUGAGCCGGGCAUGCUGAUAGAGGGGCCCCCAGGCCCUGAAGGCCCUGCUGGUCUUCCGGGACCACCAGGAACUACGGGUCCUACUGGCCAAGUGGGUGACCCUGGAGAAAGGGGUCCCCCUGGGCGCCCAGGUCUUCCUGGUGCUGAUGGCUUGCCUGGUCCUCCAGGAACAAUGCUCAUGCUGCCGUUCCGGUUUGGAGGUGGUGGCGACGCUGGUUCUAAGGGCCCCAUGGUCUCUGCCCAGGAGUCCCAGGCCCAGGCUAUCCUCCAGCAAGCCAGGUUGGCACUGAGGGGACCAGCUGGUCCAAUGGGUCUCACCGGGAGACCCGGCCCCAUGGGUCCUCCUGGGAGCGGAGGCUUGAAGGGUGAGCCAGGAGACAUGGGACCUCAGGGUCCGCGAGGUGUGCAAGGUCCGCCCGGCCCAACGGGGAAGCCCGGAAGACGGGGCCGUGCUGGGAGUGAUGGAGCCAGAGGCAUGCCUGGACAAACAGGCCCCAAGGGUGACCGUGGCUUUGAUGGCCUGGCUGGACUGCCAGGAGAGAAGGGCCACAGGGGUGACCCUGGUCCUUCCGGCCCACCUGGACUUCCAGGAGAAGAUGGAGAAAGGGGUGACGACGGAGAAGUUGGACCCAGGGGGCUGCCUGGGGAGCCUGGACCACGUGGUCUGCUUGGGCCCAAAGGGCCUCCUGGCCCUCCUGGCCCUCCGGGUGUAACCGGUAUGGAUGGCCAGCCCGGCCCCAAAGGAAAUGUGGGUCCCCAGGGAGAGCCUGGGCCCCCCGGACAGCAGGGUAAUCCCGGUGCUCAGGGUCUCCCAGGACCCCAGGGUGCCAUUGGUCCUCCAGGAGAAAAGGGUCCUCUGGGGAAACCAGGUCUUCCAGGAAUGCCCGGUGCUGAUGGACCCCCGGGGCACCCUGGCAAAGAAGGCCCUCCAGGAGAGAAAGGAGGUCAGGGUCCUCCUGGUCCCCAGGGUCCCAUUGGCUACCCGGGUCCACGAGGAGUCAAGGGGGCAGAUGGCAUCCGAGGUCUGAAGGGCACCAAGGGCGAGAAGGGUGAAGAUGGAUUCCCUGGGUUCAAAGGCGACAUGGGAAUAAAGGGCGACCGGGGAGAGAUUGGCCCACCUGGUCCUCGAGGAGAAGAUGGUCCUGAAGGCCCAAAGGGUCGUGGUGGUCCCAAUGGUGAUCCUGGUCCUCUGGGGCCUACUGGGGAAAAGGGAAAGCUCGGAGUGCCAGGAUUACCAGGGUACCCAGGAAGACAAGGACCAAAGGGCUCUAUCGGAUUCCCUGGCUUCCCGGGUGCCAACGGAGAGAAGGGCGGCAGGGGGACACCUGGAAAGCCAGGACCACGGGGACAGCGAGGUCCAACGGGUCCGAGGGGUGAAAGAGGCCCACGGGGCAUCACAGGGAAGCCUGGUCCUAAGGGCAACUCCGGAGGCGAUGGCCCAGCUGGCCCUCCCGGUGAGCGGGGACCUAACGGACCCCAAGGACCCACAGGCUUCCCCGGACCCAAGGGUCCCCCAGGCCCACCAGGCAAGGACGGGCUCCCUGGACAUCCUGGGCAGAGAGGCGAGACCGGUUUCCAAGGCAAGACUGGCCCUCCAGGCCCCCCGGGAGUGGUUGGCCCUCAGGGUCCCACAGGAGAAACAGGUCCAAUGGGCGAGCGUGGCCACCCUGGCCCUCCAGGGCCCCCUGGUGAACAGGGCCUCCCAGGCGCUGCUGGAAAAGAGGGGACAAAGGUGAGUGUCCGGAAGCUUCCCCCUGGUGCACAGCCCUGGGGCUCCCUCUCAGUGCCCUCAACCCCUAUUCCUACUACUUCACAGGGAGCACUUGGGCUAAAAGGCAGCGAAGGCCCCCCUGGCCCGCCAGGUCCUGCGGGUUCUCCAGGAGAGAGAGGACCAGCUGGUGCUGCAGGGCCUAUUGGAAUUCCAGGGAGACCUGGGCCUCAGGGACCUCCAGGGCCAGCUGGAGAGAAAGGGGUUCCGGGCGAGAAAGGUCCGCAAGGCCCAGCUGGCCGCGAUGGCCUCCAAGGUCCCGUGGGGCUCCCUGGUCCAGCUGGCCCCGUGGGUCCUCCUGGAGAAGAUGGAGAUAAGGGAGAGAUCGGGGAGCCGGGGCAGAAGGGAAGCAAGGGGGACAAAGGCGAGCAGGGUCCUCCUGGACCUACGGGUCCUCAAGGCCCCAUUGGGCAGCCAGGUCCCUCGGGAGCAGACGGUGAGCCUGGCCCUCGCGGACAACAAGGCCUGUUUGGACAGAAAGGAGAUGAAGGUUCAAGAGGUUUCCCAGGACCACCGGGGCCAGUGGGAUUACAGGGUUUGCCAGGACCUCCAGGAGAGAAGGGUGAGACAGGAGACGUGGGCCAGAUGGGCCCUCCUGGUCCCCCGGGUCCCCGAGGACCCUCUGGAGCUCCAGGUGCUGAUGGGCCGCAAGGUCCUCCUGGCGGAAUCGGCAACCCUGGUGCAGUGGGAGAAAAGGGGGAGCCUGGUGAAGCUGGAGAGCCUGGUCUUCCAGGAGAAGGAGGUCCCCCGGGACCUAAAGGAGAAAGAGGGGAGAAGGGAGAAGCUGGUCCCUCUGGUGCUGCCGGACCCCCUGGACCCAAAGGCCCUCCUGGAGAUGAUGGUCCCAAAGGCAGCCCUGGCCCUGUGGGCUUUCCCGGAGACCCUGGUCCCCCUGGAGAGCCAGGCCCUGCAGGUCAAGAUGGUCCACCUGGAGACAAAGGAGAUGAUGGUGAACCUGGGCAGACGGGAUCCCCAGGUCCGACUGGUGAGCCUGGUCCAUCCGGACCUCCAGGAAAGAGGGGUCCCCCAGGCCCUGCGGGCCCUGAAGGAAGACAAGGAGAGAAAGGAGCCAAGGGAGAAGCCGGUUUAGAAGGCCCUCCUGGGAAGACUGGUCCUAUUGGCCCCCAAGGGGCCCCUGGGAAGCCUGGCCCCGAUGGUCUUCGAGGGAUCCCUGGUCCUGUGGGUGAACAAGGCCUCCCAGGAUCCCCAGGCCCUGAUGGUCCCCCUGGCCCUUUGGGUCCUCCAGGACUCCCUGGACUCAAAGGAGACUCUGGUCCCAAAGGCGAAAAGGGCCAUCCAGGUCUGAUUGGACUCAUCGGACCUCCGGGUGAGCAGGGUGAAAAGGGUGACCGAGGACUCCCAGGCCCCCAGGGCUCUUCUGGUCCUAAAGGAGAACAGGGCAUCACUGGUCCCUCAGGCCCACUUGGGCCUCCUGGGCCCCCUGGCCUGCCGGGCCCUCCAGGUCCCAAAGGUGCUAAAGGCUCUUCGGGUCCCACUGGCCCGAAGGGCGAGGCAGGCCACCCAGGACUCCCUGGCCCACCCGGCCCUCCAGGGGAGGUCAUCCAGCCCCUGCCAAUGCAGGCAUCCCGGACUCGGCGGAACAUCGAUGCUAGCCAGCUCCUGGACGACGGGGCUGGGGAGAGCUAUAUGGACUACGCAGAUGGCAUGGAGGAGAUCUUUGGCUCCCUGAACUCCCUGAAGCAGGAGAUUGAGCAGAUGAAGCGGCCACUGGGCACACAGCAGAACCCCGCCCGUACCUGCAAGGACCUACAGCUCUGCCAUCCUGAUUUCCCAGACGGUGAAUACUGGGUCGACCCCAACCAGGGGUGCUCUAGGGACUCCUUCAAAGUCUACUGCAAUUUCACAGCCGGAGGGUCCACGUGUGUCUUCCCUGACAAGAAGUCCGAGGGGGCCAGAAUCACUUCUUGGCCCAAAGAAAACCCAGGUUCCUGGUUCAGUGAAUUCAAGCGUGGGAAACUGCUCUCCUAUGUGGAUGCUGAAGGCAACCCUGUGGGCGUGGUACAAAUGACCUUCCUGCGGCUGCUGAGUGCCUCCGCCCACCAGAACAUCACCUACAACUGCUACCAGUCAGUGGCCUGGCAGGAUGCCGCCACAGGCAGCUACGACAAGGCUAUCCGCUUCUUGGGCUCCAACGAUGAGGAGAUGUCUUAUGAUAACAACCCCUACAUCCGCGCCCUGGUGGACGGCUGUGCUACCAAGAAAGGCUACCAGAAAACGGUGCUGGAGAUUGACACACCCAAAGUGGAGCAAGUCCCCAUCGUGGACAUCAUGUUCAACGACUUUGGUGAAGCCUCACAGAAAUUUGGAUUUGAAGUGGGGCCAGCUUGCUUCCUGGGUUAGGAGCUGCUGAGCCCACCGGUCUUCAGAACAACCUCGUGACCUCAGCACCCCACCUGUGGGUGUCCUGUGCACGGCCCAUCCUGGACAGUGAACGUUUCUCACCCCUGCCUGCCUGACUCAUCUGUGCCUCGGAGGGAGGGACCCUCCGUGGCCUUGGACCCCACACCCAGAGAGAACCAAGGGAAAGAGCCGUGUCCCCCACGGAGCCGAAUCACAUGACCUAACCACACCACAGCCUCUUGCCACGCUGCAGGCCCUGGUCCCCAGCUCUCCUGAUAGGUUCAUCAAAGGCGUUCAUGGACUGUUGGCAGGGAGUCAGGGUGGGGCAGUAUUUGGGAAUCACUUAAAAAGGUGCAACUUGAAGAUAUGUAUUCCCCUUGACCUUCAAAAGAUGCUCUGAGGUGAUCUUAAAAAGGUCGCCAAAGCCUUCUUUUUUUUUUUUUAAACAACCCUCAACACAUCCACUCAGAGGCCAAAUGUCAUUCCACACGUGCCUUUCCGAUGGAUUAAAGGUGCUUAUGUUUUUGUGAGAGUUUUAAGUAAAUAUUUGUAUUGUAUUGUUAUAAAUGUUAAGUGUGCCUGGCUUUCAAUCUUGCAUGGAAACCCAGCCUCAGGCCCAUGGGGAGAGCGGGCAGCUAGGAUGGGGCACCAGCUUGGGCUUGCAAUUCGGCUCUCUGUAGGGGGCAUCUCCUCACUCCUCCCUCUCCCCACCCCCGCAAGAAAGUGCAAUAAAUUGGAAAUUUGCUCAGUCAGCAAGAAGCUGCAUCGCCACUGCAGGUGCCUGGGCCCUUUCCAGACUUUUAAUUAUUUUCUUUUCUUUUUGAUUAGCUCUGGAUAAUUUUUUAUGGGGAGGGAAAAAUAGGCAUUUGAGAUCCUGCCUUUCCUACAUGCACUCAGAUUAAAACACAGGCUUAAAUUAAUCCUGAUUGCUUCCUUUUUCCGUGUUUCUUCCUGCAGAGGCUGAUGGGACAGUGUCCAGGGCUUGAGAACCACGUGUUCUGUAGAUGAUAAAUAACUAUGAACAUUGGUGCUGAUUUUUUUUUACACUUGUGUCUUGUGGUGCUACGUGUCCUAGAGGCCGCCUUAGGGUGCCUGCCGCGCCUCCUUCCCCCACCUGCCUUUAUCCUGGCCGUUUUUCUGCAUUCUGAGAUUUUGCCAAGGACCUAAAGAUCAGAUCGGUGCCAAAGACCCUUCUUCCUUGAAGGCACCCCGUGCUCAUGAUGGUGGGGAGUCCUUCCUGAAGCCUGAGUCCCCUCCGGGUUCAGGUUAUUUCAUUUGAAAACACACGCGCAAAGCAAAGACUUCCCGCAUGGUCCAUUGCGUAUCCAUGAUCGUGUUCAGUUGCUGAUGUUCGUGGUGCUAAUUUCUGUGUGCAUGCCAAGGACGGGAUGGAAGCCACUGGGUGCCCACGCUGAUAGCCAGACUGCCCUGUGAGCAGCAGGUGGACUAGGAGAUUUACGAUGGACUUCGUGGCUCCAGGGCUGCUGUUUCGGUUUCCACCAGAGGGGUGUUCUGGGUGCCGGUGUCAGUUCUGGGGUCGGGAUGGAUCCCUCUGCAUGCUGUCGUCUUCCUCCUCCUCCAAGGUGUGUGUGUGAUGGAGAGGCUGCCUUCUGGGUGCAGAGGUCUCCAGGACCAGCAAGGGAAAAGAAAGGCUCACUGUGAGUCACACGCCUGUCAUGCCUCUCCUUCCACCAUGAGGAGGCUAUGGUGCCCAGGGAGUCAGCCAUCAGGCUCCGGUGCUCCUGUCCCCACCCCACCCCAAAGUGAAGGAAACCACAACGAAGCACCCGGGAGUGACCAGGAUUGAUGAAUGCCACCAACAGGCAUCCCCAGGUUUCCUCAAGAACAAGCUUUACUCUUGCCAAAGAAAAGCCCGGCCCGGAGGUUGCUCCUGAAAGCCAGGACGCCAUCGUGAGCCAGGGACUGCUUGCUGUGCGUGCCUCUGCGUGAGAAAAGCCAUAUUGGAAGACGGCCAUGUGAUGCCCUGUGGAUUCUGUGUAGGUCAUGUGAUUCGGUGUCUGCCUCUCUCCCCAUCUGAUUUACCCUUUCACCCUGUCCCAUUCUUCCGUCAGUUCCCCUCCAAGUUGCAAUUUGUAUUGAAGUCCAAAAUGUGUCCUGUUCUCCUCAGUCCACUUCACCUUCAAUAUUUUACAAUAAAAUUACUUCUUAUAUUUGCAGAAACGCUCCUGGCCUCAUUUUUUAUGCCUCUGGUGUGUGCUCUCUCUCCCUCUUUCUCCACAUAUAUAUAAUUGGGCAAAUAGUGGCGAAAAUACACACAAAACCAUAAACAGAACACUGUGAUAAACUAUAGGACCCUGGGUCCUUUAAAAUUUCAGGCCAAAGGGUACGUUGUAUAUUUCCCAGAGGUCCAACUGGAAGCCUCAAAAUUUCACUUCUCCACAGGAAGAGUGUUCGAAAAUAUUUUAAAACUGUGUACUAAAGGAAUCCUUGUAACAGUGUCUCAAUAAAGGAGUUUACUGUUUACACCCGA